UCGAAAUUAGAAGCUGUAAAGUUGACAUUGACUAACAACUGGCCGUGAACUUAACACCACGUAUAAUGGAAGACGAUUUCGUGAUUAACGGUCCGCCACCAACCGAACCUUUGCAGGAUAGAACUCUAGGGCAAGUUUUUAUACAAAUUCUCUUGGAAAAUAAACCUGAUACAAAAGUUAUGGUCGAUUCCAAUACAGGAGAAAUCCUAACUUCCAAACAACUUCUGGAAGAAUCUUUUAAGUUAGCUCAAGCUCUAAUACAGUACGGCUGUAGUUCGAACACGACAAUUUCUAUCGGAAGUGAGAAUAAUUUACAAUUUUUCAUUGCUGUCAUGGGCUCAAUUUUCGCUGGCACGAUAAUGGCACCUUUGAAUUGCAACUAUACAGAAAAGGAACUUGAGCACACCCUCAAUAUUACGAUGCCGAAAAUAGUUUUUUGUUCUAAAGCUCUUGCUUACAAGUAUUUGAAACUUAAAAAUAAGUUGACGUUUAUUGAACAAAUAGUUGUUAUUGAUUCUAAUGAAGAAAUUACUGGAACAAAAAGUAUUAAUAAGUUUGUAAGCGAUAUUUUGAAAGGAAAAACGCUUUCGAAUCACUCGUUACCAUUUGAUGGAGAUCCUAAGGAAAGUAUUGCAUUUAUUUUGUCCUCUUCUGGUACUACAGGACUACCAAAAGGAGUGAUGUUGACUCAUUUUAAUCUUGUUACAAGAAUGCUUCAAUCAAGAUAUCCAGAUUAUCUCUCACACCAUUCGACAGUUUUGGGUUUAAUGCCAUUCUCUCUUUCGUAUGGCCUAUUUUUUGGACUCACCUCAAUUUUCAAUCGGCAUUUAACUGUUAUGAUGAACAAAUUCACAGAAGAUUCAUUCCUAAAAACGAUACAAGAUUACAGAGUUUCCGUAGUUCGACUAGCACCACCUUUAGCAAUUUUUUUAGCAAAAAGUUCCAAAGUCAAUGAUUACAAUUUGUCAUGUAUUGCAGAAGUAUUUUCCGCCGGAGCUCCGCUUAGUGGAAAAACAGAGGAAACUUUGAAAGAAAGACUCAAAAUAGAAGCAGUCCAUCAAGCUUACGGUUGCACUGAAGGUACACUUGCAUUAACAAUAAUGAAUAAAGACCAGUAUAGACCUGGUUCAUGUGGAAAAGUGAUAACUUAUAUGCAGUGUAAAGUAAGAGAUCCUGAUACUGGAAAAUCGUUAGGACCAAAUACGGUCGGUGAACUUUGUUUCAAAGGUCCCACUAUCAUGAAAGGUUAUUGCAACAAUCCUGAUGCUACCAAGGAAUCUUUCACGGAAGAUGGUUGGCUGAGAACUGGUGAUCUUGGGUAUUAUGACGAUGAGCAGUAUUUCUACAUUGUUGAUAGGUUGAAGGAAUUGAUUAAAUACAACGGAUAUCAGGUAGCUCCAGCAGAAUUAGAAGCUAUUCUGGUCAAUCAUCCAAAAGUAUUCGAAGCAGCUGUUGUUGGUAUUCCAAACGAAAAAUCUGGAGAGCUGCCUCUAGCAUUUGUUGUUAAAGAAUUUGGACAGCAUGUGACCGAAAAAGAACUUCAAGAUUAUGUUGCAGAGAGAGUUUCGCACCCCAAAAAAUUGAGAGGAGGAGUUAUAUUUGUAAAGGAUAUUCCUAAAACUCAAAGUGGAAAAAUUAUGAGAAAACAAUUGAGGAAUAAAUUGAAGGAAUAUCAAAAAGUGGUGCAAUCGAAGUUGUAGAAACGACGAGUCCAUCUACUAGCUGAAAUUAGAAAAAUUUAAAUAGAUAAAUAAUAUCAUUGUAAGUUUAAAGCUGGCUAAAUUGACUUAGAUUAGACUCUAUAUUUGUUCAAUAACUUUCUUCUUCUUCUAGCUUUAAUCAAUUAAUUUUUGAAUUGUGCAUAAAAAACGUUUUUUUGUGUGUAUUAUUGUGUAAUUAUUGUAAUAAUUACAAUAUUUCUCCAUUAGCCUCUAAUGAAAUUUUUGGAGCCGUUUAUGAUAUUUAUACUGAACACACUGUUCACACUGACUGACGCGCGUUUCGAUAACUAAGUUAUCGUUGUCAACAACUGAAGGUGAAUUGAAACCUAUUAAUUUGACCUACCUAUUUCAUUAUAAAUUUUCAAUGAGCUUCCUCCAGAAGAAAAUUGCAGGAAAACUUCUUCGGCGGAAAAUUUCACAUCCAUUCCUCAGCUGCUACAUAUUUUUAUUUUAGAAAUAAGAAUGAGAACUGGGGAAAGUCUGUUCUGGUACCUUCCAAUUCUGUUUAUACAAAUGGAUUGGAACGAAUUUUCACCUGAGAUGGUUUGAAAUUGGUUUAUAAAUCCAACAAUACAUUAAAACUAUCCAAGAGGUGAAAUACAAGAUUUGGAAAGGAUUGGUGUAUAUGAAAUUAACUGUACUGUGACGCCAAGUAUAGCGGACAAAUCAAGAGAUCAGUUAAUGUCCGGUUUAAAGAGCACAUAGCUCAUUGAAAAUAUAGACGGACCGAAAAAUUAAUAUUGCCGAUCACGAUGUUCGUCAUAAUCAUAAGAUGAAUAUAAAUAGUGUAAAAUUGUCGAGAAAUGUAUACAAUUAUAAUUUCUUGGAUACAUUUGGAGGCACUGAGAGCGUUAAAUGUAAGAAUAGUUUAAAAUAAGGACGAAAGGCUUAUUCCUUCUCAGCUCACUAUAUUCUCUCCCUCUUUCUCUCUCUUUAUUUCUCUCUCUCUUUCUCUUUCUUCGUAUUUGGGAGUGAGGGUGAAUUUUCCGCUGAAGAAUUUUUUUCCCAGGAAUUAUUUUUUUCAAGAGAAAGUUCAUUGGUCAGAAAAUUUAGUAUGAAAUAGGUAAGUCGAGUAAAUUGGUUUUAGUUUACUUUUAGUCCCCGAAGAUAAUAAUUUGGUUAUGGAAACGCGCGCUUUAGACAGUAUAAUUGUGAGAGUGUGGAAGUAAUAGUAGAGUAAAUAGUGUGUUCCGCACUUAAUUUCUCUCUCGCGUCGCCUUUCCUUGUAAAAUCUCCUUACAGAUCCUGAUUGCUCGCUUCGUGAGUAUUUGAUUUAUUAUAAUUUCAUGCUAUGUCAAUAUUUUUUUUAUCUAAUAUUAUCAGUUUUCCUCUUCAGCCCCGAUUAUAUCAGCUCUGUUAGUUCCCACUGCAUAAUAUUGUUUUAGAUGAUUAUCACUUUGAGCGUGGACUCUCGUUUAUUGUUCUCCCCAAAUUUUCGGUGUUUUUCACUUACUAUCAUUAUUUUGAGUUAUAUAAAUAUAUGUGUUCUCUGGGAACUUUGUAGUCUAGUCCUAUUUGGAGUUGAACACAAACAAAUGCAGAAGUUACAGACAAUGAUGUGAGAUAAAAAAUGAGAAUAUGGCUUUUUUAAAUGUUUCACCUCUUAAAACUAUACCAAUAAUGCUCAUAAUUUUAAUUAAGUUAUUGAAAUAAGGGUAAAACCGAUUGGUUUGGUAAAAUCAUAUUUUGUUUUGAAAGGAACAUAAUAAAUAAUGACUUUUAAAGAAAUGGCUCCGUUAUAGUAAUAUUUAAUAAUUGAGAGUUCUUUUUUUAUUAAAAAUUUUUUUUAAGAAACGAUUUUCAUCAAGGAUAAAAUUCAAAA